GGGGCAUCAUGAGGCUACUUCUCUUCUCCCCCUACCUAUGCUGAAGGCAAAAAGAAUGCUGGGAAAACAAAGACUUUCAGCUGAGGAGAUUGGUCCCAGGCUAAGAAGGAAAUUCAGCCUGUGUAUUAAGAACUGUAACCUACCUGCAACAUCCAGUGAGAAAAGCUGUGCUCCCCCUGCUUCUCCUGUGGGGGUCUCUCCUCUUUGGAGUGGUCAGUUCCAGCCCAACCCCAAGGAUGCUUUUUGGGAGAUCACAUCCCCCAGUUUCCCCAACCCAUACCCCAACAACAACAUCAGCACCUGGGACAUUACAGUCCCAAAGGGCUUUGUGGUGGAGUUGGACUUCUGGCAGUUCGACCUGCAGCCAUCUGAGUCCUGCCUCUCUGACUACGUCAAGAUCACAGCAGAUAAGAAAGACCUGGGUCGGUACUGUGGCCAGCUAGGCUCAGCGACAGGCAACCACCCAGGAGUCAGGGAGUUUGUGUCCAAAGGGAACCAGAUGAGGCUGAUGUUCCACUCUGACUUCUCCAACGAGGAGAAUGGCACCCUUAUCCCCUACAAGGGCUUCCUGGCCUAUUACCAAGCUGUGGGAAUCCAGUGCCCACAGCCUGUGCCAAGGGACCAGUUCACCCUCAUCAAAGACUUGCAGCCCCUGUACCGAUUUCGUGACUACAUCAAUGUCAGCUGCCAGACUGGGUAUGGACUGAUGGAGGGUGACCAGAAGUUGGCAUCCUUCAGUGCUGUCUGCCAGGAUGAUGGGACUUGGCACCGACCCAUGCCCCGGUGUGAAAUUGUGAGCUGUGGUGACCCCAAAAAUCUCACCAACGGGGCCUUCAGUUAUGUUAGCGAACACGGGAACAACAACUACCAGUCAGUGAUCACCUACCGGUGCGAGAAGCCUUAUUACCACAUAGUCAAAGGGAGUGAUACAUUCAACUGCUCUGCUCAGGGCUCCUGGGCUGACCAAGAUGGCCAUGAGGACAUCCCAGUGUGUUUACCAGUGUGUGGGAAGCCAGACAAACCCAUCACUGGAAUCCAGCGGAUCAUCGGUGGCAGCACAGCACCGCCGGGAAGCUUCCCAUGGCAGGCAAAGACACACAUCGUUGGGCUCGGGGGUGGGGCGCUGCUGGGUGACCGCUGGAUCCUGACAUCUGCUAGCACCAUCUACCCCAAGAAACACGCCUCAGUGACAGAGAGCCUUGCUGAGGUGGCUAAGAAGAUCGACGUGUUCCUUGGCCACACGGAGGUGAAUAAGAUCCACGAGCUGGGUAACCACCCCGUCCGCAAUGUGUUCGUGCAUCCCCACUACGACCCUGAUGAUGAGAACAACUUCAAUGGGGACAUUGCACUGAUUGAACUGCGGGACCCAGUGCCACUGGGCCCUGACCUGCUUCCUGUCUGCCUCCCAGAUGCUAGUAACAGCACUUUCUAUGCCAAAGGAUACACGGGCUACGUGAGCGGCUUUGGGGUGGAGAAAAAAGUUCUCGCAGACCGACUGAAAUAUGUAUCACUGCCAGUGGGUGACCAGACAGCCUGCAAGAAAUGGCUGCAGGGAAAGGAGGUCAGUGGGAAGGCCAUGGUGUUCUCUGAGAACAUGUUCUGUGCUGGCUCGCCCAGUGGGGGGAAAGAUACCUGCCAGGGGGACAGUGGGAGUGUCUUCACGGUGCAGGAUUCAGAGAGCGAGCGCUGGAUAGCCACCGGGAUUGUCUCCUGGGGCAUCGGCUGUCACAAGAGCUAUGGCUUCUACACCAAGGUCAUCAACUACCUGGACUGGAUCAAAGAGAUAACAGGGAUGUAGAGGCUCUGAAUGCCACUAUCCUAUUGGCUGAAGGCUCAGUGAUGUCACAUAGGUAUCCAGACACCCACACAUCAUUGGCUGAAGCAUCGUGAUGUCAAAGGACUGUGAUGUCAAAACUGCCAUAGCAGUGGCUGAAUUCUUGGUGACAUCAUCAAAGCUUCCCAAAGCCUCUGUGCCAUUGAUUGAAGCUUUGUUGAUGUUCUAAGGUUUCCAAAUGCAACUUCACUAUUGGGUGAAGCCAGUGAUGAGCUGCCAAAAUGCUAACAACCGGUUCCCUCCUCCUCACCCCAUGAGGGGUCAUGCCCCCCCACUCCUGCCCCAUCCAACCCCCCCAUGUUCCUUGACAGCCCCCACCCCGGGAC